CUUUCACUCGCAAGUCUCAAGUACUCAUUUGUAUGCCCUGCCCUGCUUGCUUCUGUGUUCUGUUGUAGCAACGGCUACAAUCCUACAAAAAAUCGUUAGUACUUAUCGAAACGUGAAAGGUACAUAUUACAAAAUUACUAAAGGAAGUGAGCUGUUUCUAAAAAUAAUAGCCAACUAUUAAUUUCUUAUCCUAAAUUAUUAAGAGCCUCAAUUCUUCUUCAUCAGAUUGAUAUCUGUUGUUAUAAAUGUCGACCACGUGGACAGAAGCUGAGGCAUGGUUAAUUUACAUGCUUCUGCCCAAAGACAAUCUGCCUUUUUAAUCAUUUCGUUUUGAUCAGAAAGCCAGGACUUGUUUUGCUUUAAAUCAGUAAAAAAUACUGAGCAACUCUUAGAUGAGCCCGAUUGAGAUGUUUUGUUGACGAUCCGCGUACCAAUAUUUAGAACACUUUUCAUUAGUAUUUCAUAGUCAUGUCAGAAACCGGCUUCAAGGCUCGCGACUUUGGUCUCAGGGCGCAAAAGAAAAUUCUUGGCCGAAUGGCAAACAAAAAUGUCGCUAAGAUGUUCAUUGAUGAUACUACGGCCGGUCUACUCGAUUCACUCUAUCAGAUGAUUAAGCUUUUUUGUGGUAGCAAAAAAGAAGCGGAGAAUAUAGUGAAGAACAUAAUAAAAAUUGUGAUAAAAAUAGGAAUUUUGUAUCGUAACGGGCAGUUUGAUAACGAAGAGGCUUUAUGGGCUGUUCAUUUCAAGAAGCGGUUUCGGUCGGCUGCCAUGGCCAUUAUCAGUUUUCACGAGGUGGAUUUCAGCUACGAUCGUCCCUAUCUGCUGACUGCUAUCAAGGAGUCGCAAGCAGCGCUGCGCUGUCUAGUCCAGAACCACCUCACAGACAAAUCGCUGUCGCGCAUCGACCUAGUCUACAACUUCUUCCUCAAUCCGGCCUUUUUCGACGCCAUCUUCAAACGCCACUCGGACUUUUCGCCGCUGCUGGCCAGGUUUGUCACUGAUCUCAAUCGGUCACUGGAUGAGGGUGGCAUGUAAACUAUGCUGAUAGUUCACAGUCUAAGAUACUCUAUAGUGGAGGUCCACUGGCAGUGAAGAAAGAUAGGAGAAAAACGUUGACGAACCUCUGUUUUGUCAAUGCCUUCUAUAGCCGAUAACAUAAACAGGUUUAUCGAUGUAAUAUUAACUGUUCAUUCUCGUUUAAAAUGAUCAAUUAUAUUUUAUUAAGCAAUAAAUUAUAUUUUUUAAUAAUUUCAUAAUGAAUUUACAUAAUCAAGAUGAAAUAUUUUGAUAAUUAUUAAUCCUACAUUUUUUAAAGACGAUCUGGCAACAGAGCAAAGCGAGAAAGAGAUCGCGCUAUCCGCUUUGUUAAAUGAACGACAAGGAUAGCAAUACCAUUGUUAAUCAAACACUGCCAUUAUAACGUGGACCUCACUAUAGUGUGAUUCACUUGAAACUGUCAGCUCAGGCUAAUUGGGGAGCAUUGAUUGCUGCUCAUAAGAAAUGCUGACAUGAAGUGAAUUAGAUCGUAUGGUAUGAGAUGUUGUUGUACUUCUCCAUAAUUGGAAGAAUAAGGCCCGGUUGCACAAAACCCGGUUAAAUUCUAAUUGUGAUUAAUUUCAGGAGAACCAAUCACAGAAGACUUGUUUUAUAAGUCGGCUACUCUGAUUGGUUCUCGUGGAAUUAAUCACGGUUGAAAUUUAACCGGCACAAAGACGUUGAUGUUGUCAAUACCACUAUAUUUGUUUAAAACUUAAUGUAAAUUACAGAACCAGGUUUUAUGGCAACACCUGCCACAUCUGAUGUUGAAUGUUAUUGAUAAAGGAACAGGAAAUUCAAUUUUAGUCUAUGUACUGGGGUUGGAAAAGGAAAGUGAAAUGAAAGAUGUUAGUGGGAAAUGAUGGAUGAAUGUUGGAAUAAAAUUAUGUUAAUAUUUUGUAAAUGGAAAUUGAUAGAUACAAUGUAGUAUGAUUUUGAAUAUACAUUUAUAAUUAUGAAAUAAACAUCACAUGACCCUAGUUUUUAUAAUUGUAUAAUUAUUCUAUGUUUUUUAUAAUUAAGUCAAAUUUUUCAAAGUCAUGAAGUAAGAUACCAGUAAGCUACCAACCAAAUUUGAUGUAUAUAUAUUUUUAAGGUGGCUAGAAUUCUAUUUACAGUGUAAUUUUUCAUUUACAAAAAAUUAACAUAAUUUUAUUUCAUCACUCAUCCAUAAAUUCCCACUAACAUAUUUCAUUCUACUUUCCUUUUCCAACCCCAGUAGUUUACAUAUCCUAAAAUUGAUUUUCCUGUUCCUUUAUCAAUAACAUUCAACAUCAGAUGUGGCAGGUGUUGCCAUGAAACCUGGUUCUGUAAUUUGAAUAAAUUUUUGAACAAAUAUAGUCGUAUUAACAACAUCGACGUCUUAUUCUUUCAAUUAAGAAGUGAAUUUCACUCUAAGUUGCUAGCAACCUAGUCUCUGUUGGAUGAAUAGUCACUUGUAUUAUAAUCAUCUGUUCUAAAGAGUGUUCUCAAAAAUCCACAACUCUAGUACCACCACGGUGUUCCAAAACCCUAAAAGAACAAAUCAAGCAGAUUUUAAUGCUUUACAAAAAGUAGUUAUUGAAGAAAAAUUACAAUUUCUCUAUUAAUAUUGUAUGUACUUCUUUUUUAAAGAAAGAUCAUGUAUCUGUUGGUUAUUAUUCAAAACAUAUUAAUAUCCUCUCCCACUACCAUCCUUUUGAUUACAUUCCAUUAAAUUAUAAAACAAACAUCUCAAUCAAUCAAAUUUCAUUUAUUCAAGUAGUUGCAUAUAAAAGACAAGCUUCACAACAUUGAAUCGUCACAAUCAAUAAAAAACACAGAAAAAUACAAUAGUGCAAAGAGGAGACGUCAAAGAAAAACACUGUCUUAAGGAAGAAAUCGAUUAAUUUCAGUUGAUUUAAAGGAAAUUUUUAUUCUGUAAUAAUUCUAUGACAUGUAAUUUUCUUCCCUCAAGACAUCCACACAUUCAUCCACUGUGUAUGGCGCUCUUUUUAACAGAACCUUCCUUAUCCUUCCGGUCAUCUUUGAAAAGUUGGAAAAAUCUUUAAAGUUAUGGGGGAGUCUAUUUAUAAUUUUUAUUGCGUAAUAGUGUGGGCCUUUCUCCAGAAGGGUUAGUCUAUGUGCCGGGUAACCGAGGAUUGAGCCACCACUCCUCGUAUUGUAGGAAUGAUCAAGUAAAACUAAUCAAGUUAAACUAAAACUGAUCAAGUUCAAUAAUUAAUCAAACUAUUAUCAAUUCUGCAGCGUCUCAACUGAGUUUUCUUAACGCGAACUCUGUUUUCUCCCCAGCCAAUAACAUUUUUAAACCCGAUUACAUGCUCGCUGGUGACUUUUUGGUAUCAUGUGACCCUUAUUAGUACUAAAUAAACUGCAUAAUUAUUUGAUGAAUUAACAUUUUUUAAUAAAAUGUGUAACAAUAUUCAAAUUAAAGCACAUACAUUUUCGUACUUUUUGUUUAUUGUACAAUUUUAAUGACAAAACAAACUUUCAAUUUAUACACAUCAUUCUGUCACCAUUUACAACUCUUCCCACCUCCAUUUUCCACCCAAAAACAGCUGUCACCAUUUCACUCUGACGUCCUCAACCUAAGCAAUAUUACCAACAUUCCUAUAUAUCAUUUUAUACUGUAUAUAAAAUUAUAAAAAUAUUAAUUGUUUCAUUGUUAUUUAGUGAAAAAAUUAUAAUUAAUGUAACACUUCAAAUGGUUAUUCAACAAAAAUUUACCAAAAUUAUAAAUCUAGUGAGUAGUGAGUUGUAAUUGCCUUAGUUGUUCUUUUACUCCACAAAAUACACCGUGUCCCACGAAGAGGUUUACACGUUUCAUUUCAUAUUACUUGCCCAUUCAUACACCGAACUUUUUUUUAAUUUUACACAGUUUACAAAGUACGUUCUGAAAAUAUUCUGGGGAAAUUUCAACUCCCUAAACUUCGUAGAAACAAAAUGGCGGCAUAUUGAAAAACGAUACUUUAAGAACAUUAAAAAGGUGUUUUUGGUUUCAUAAAAUAUUUUUAUUGUUGCGCUUUAGGGCAAUAUGACUUUUAAAUGAAAAAAACCAGAACAUAGCCUAAUCAAAAACCUUGUCCAAAAUUAUUCAAAUAGAAAUCCAACCACAGCCACUCAAUGAUAACAGCGCUCAAGAAAUGAUGAUGAUGAUGAUUAUUAUUAUUAUUCCUCUUUUAAGCACGCUCUUGCGGAUAUAUUUUCAAAGAAGGGGCACUUUUAUGCAACCUUCCUUCCAUCUUUAUAACACUGUUUGACUAUUUUAUGAACUUACACACAAUACGUGCAGUGUCAAGGGGGACAGAUUUUUGCAUUCUUUUCAGUACCUCGUCUACCAAGUCAAUACUUCGACAAAUUUCCACAACCGACUUGAGUAUCAGGCCAUUGACUGUUAUUACAAUUGGAAGUACUCUCACUGUAUUCAGCCCAUACAUUUCCUUCAGCUUGAAUUAAUUAUUAUUAUUGUCAUUUCUUACGUGAAGCCACAAAUCUGAGCAGUAAGCUCCUACAAAGAAACUCCACGCUAUCUGGAGAAGCUCCUCUUCUACUGAUCAUUUUAGUUCCUCAUCAUUAUUGAAGCUAUGGGUAUAAACUUUUUCCUUCAAGUAACCCCAUAAAAAGAAGUCACAAAAAGUUAAAUCUGGUGAUCGGAGUGACCAAUCUAAAAAAUCACUUUCACGGCCAAUCCAAUGGCCAGGAAGUUUGUCUUUUACUAAUUGCUUAACAUGAUUUGCGAAAUGAGGUGGAGCACCAUCUUGGUGGAAGAUUGCUUGAUCCAUUUCUGGUAUCAUCAAAUUAUUAUUAUUAUUA